CAGACUCUCUGCAGACCUCCUCCUGGAUCAAAGGUCCUGAUGAUCAGAUCCUCAGUGUCCAGUUGGAGCACACUGACUGUACGGACGCCGGUUCCUCUGCGGCUCAGAUUAAAACCGAGGUUGGCGUUGGGGACGGCGGAGCGUCGGAACCGAACGGGGACUUUGAUCCGAGCGACGGGCGACUCCUCGCCGACUGCUCCGACGACACCGACGACAGCGGGGACUACUGGAGGGAGCCCGCCGGGGUUUGGAGACCGGAGGAGACGGGAGCGGCGGAAGGACAAAGUUCACCUCCGAGCGGGAAGGCGAGGACCUCCGCGGAUCAGCCGCCGGCGUUCAGUUGCAAAGUGUGCGGGGAGUCCUUCCACAAGGUCGGCUAUCUGAUCACCCACUGUACGGCACACCCGAAGGACUGCGGCCUGUGCGGGAAACACCUGGAGCUCAGCGAGAGCCUGAAGGUUCACCUCCGGGUUCACAGACACUCCACGUUCCGCUGCGGCGUGUGCGGCCAGAGCUUCACGCUGCGCGGGAACCUGCGGACGCACAUGAGGAUCCACUCGGGCGAGCGGCCGUACGCCUGCACCGUCUGCGGCAAGAGCUUCGGCAGGAGGGCGACGCUGGUGCGGCACGUACGCAGCCACACGGGCGAGAAGCCGUUCACCUGCACGUACUGCGGCCGCGGCUUCGUGGAGAAGGGCAACCUGACCGUGCACCUGCGCACGCACACCGGCGAGCGGCCGUACUGGUGCUCCGUCUGCGACCGACGCUUCAGCCAGCUCGCCUGCUUCUACAGACACCCCUGUCAGAGGAGGGCCAUGGCCGCAGAGUGAUCCGGUUCUCAGUAAACCUCCUUCAAGAACUGUGCAGGCAACCAAGAGCAGUUUAUGAUUAAAAUGCAUAGACUCAUACAAACAUAUUCCCUUUCAAUCAUCAACCAUGACUCUGACUGUAUUUUAUUAUUUCACUUUUUGCAGGACGUUUCUGGGCAUCACAAUGUGGAGAGAGCUCUGUCUUUGCACUGUAUGUCUGUGUGUUCGGUCUGAGCUACACGCAGCAGACAGUGCAGCUACGUUUAUCUCAGUAAAGCGCUCCCUCACUACAUUUACUCUUUACCUUGUUCUACCAUCGCCGCUUUUUCUUGAGCUCGGGAGGAGAGGCCAACUUUGAAUUGUGUGUUUACAAUCAGCAAAGGAAAUAUCCAAAUCUGUAUGCCUUUAAGAGCAUUUACUGCACAUGCAAUCAAUGGACAUUUUAACCUGUUGCGCCUAAUUUUUGAUAUGGUGAGUUUGGCUCUGUGUGAUUUGUCUGCUAUAAAUGACAGAGAGCUACUGCUCCCCAGUGAUUUUACUUGCUGCCAUGACAAUGUUUCCCAGUUACAUUUAGAAAUCCAUGCACAUCAGUCAGGACUGAUUCUAUGACGGAUCUGUGGAAUAACACCAUCAUCUGUCUGUCAAUAUUUAAAAACAUCUGACCUACACAAAAACAGCUAUUGUUGUCUUAAAUUGACUGUCGGUAACAUAAUGAACCCAAAAUGCUGGUCUUUUACUUUUAUCCAUGUAGCAGUGCUUCUCCAGUAAAAGUGAAAGCCAAGUCAGUCCAGAACGAGUCUAAUGCUGAUGCAACAGUGUUGUGUUGUUCUGUACUGGCAUGUUGGAGGUGAUGAGGAAUAAAGAUACACAAAGAUUUAACCAGCCUCUCCAGAUCUGAGCAUCUGGUAUUAUAAAAUGAAAACGGUGGAAUCAGCAAGAGGCUUCCAUGCUUCACUGUCUGAAUUAUUCAGAGGUUUGAAUUACACCAAAGUCUUAAUGAAUAAAGCUGCUUUCUCACCUGC